UCUUUAUUUAUUCUCCUUAAAUCCGUAGUAAGAGAUAACACUUCACGCAUUCGAGCAUCGUUGGUUGGACAGUUCGGACACCAAUCUACAAAUAUCGAAGUACAAUAUGUGGAAAUCUGUAGUGUUCAUAACGCUCAGCGCUGUUGGAAUAGGCAUUUUCUUAAACUACCCGGAUGAACUUCCAGUACCAACCUUACCAGAAACAAAUUGGGGCCCGAAGAAGAAUGUGAAAGAUUCUACCGAAAUUCGACCCUUUAAAAUCGAUGUACCCGCAUCGGUCAUCGGGGAUCUAAAAUAUCGACUUGAACAUAGAAGACCGUACGUUGAACCGUUAGAAGAUGUAGCUUGGACUUACGGAAUUUCCACGAAAUAUCUGAACACGGUACUUGAUUACUGGAAAAACAAAUAUAACUGGACCGAGAGACAAGCAUUGUUGAAUAAGUAUCCUCAGUUCAAAACAAUUAUCCAAGGUUUGGAUAUACACUUUUACCAUGUUCGACCAACAAACCUUCCAAAGGAUAAAAACUUGAAAGUUUUACCCUUAUUGUUACUGCAUGGAUGGCCUGGAUCUGUCGUCGAAUUUCAAAAAAUUAUACCUAUGCUGACAAAACCAUGGCCUAAACAUGACUUUGUGUUCGAACUCGUUAUACCGUCUCUACCUGGUUAUGGAUUCUCAGAAGGAGCUGUUCGACCAGGAAUGGCCACUGCUCAAAUGGCAGUGAUAUUCAAGAAUUUGAUGCACAGGCUUGGUUUUGAUAAAUUUUACGUUCAAGGAGGAGAUUGGGGAGCUCUUGUCACUUCUAACAUGGCUGCUCUUUAUCCAGAAAAGGUAAUUGGUUUGCACACCAACAUGUGUGCUGCACUUACACCAAAGGCGAUGUUUUGGACGUUUAUUGGCUCCUAUUUCCCAUCAUUAGUAGGAGGUAGUGAAAAUUAUGAGCUAUUCUAUCCUCUCAGUAAAGUUUUACUAUCCAUGAUUGAAGAAUCUGGGUACUUCCAUAUACAGGCUACAAAGCCAGAUACAGUAGGAGUUGGGCUAACAUCUUCACCAGAUGGUUUGGCAGCAUAUAUUUUUGAAAAAUUCAGUACAUGGACAAAUAAAGAAUAUAAACACAGAAAUGAUGGUGGACUUUUAGAAAAAUAUACAUUGGACGAACUUCUGGAUAAUGUAAUGUUAUACUGGGUUACCAGUAGUAUUACCACAAGUGUUCGUCUUUAUUCUGAGAACUUUAGUGCAGCAUACCAAGCUUUGAAAAUUGAACGAUUACCUGUGAAAGUUCCUACUGCUUGUGCAAUUUUCCCCAAUGAACUUUUAGCAACACCCAAGAGUCUUCUUGCAGACAGAUUUCCUAAUUUAAUUCAAUAUAAUAUUUUGAAAAGCGGAGGUCACUUUGCAGCCUUUGAAGAGCCCAAACUUCUGGCUGAAGAUAUUUUUAGUUUCGUGAAAAAACUAACAGAGUCUACAGGGAAAUCCUCAUAGAAUGAACAAUUAAUGUUAAGGAAAUUUUAAUAAUGAUAUUUACGUUGCUAUUGAUAUACAGUUUUAAAAUGUUUUAAUAAAUUGUUGUAUAUAUUUCAUAUUAAAUAUGUAUGAAAACGUAA